ACUGCAAUAACUGUUCUCUUCUCUUCGAUGAUUGCAGGCUCUCCAGACCCCCCCCUUUCUGUCAGUGAGGGAGGAGGUGAAGGUGGGGGAAGUGGUUUCUGCCUUCUGCUCUAUGUCUCACUCCUGCCCAUCUGAUUCCCCUCUCCUAACCUGGAGCCACUCCGGAACACCCAGUGUCCAAUCACAGCAGCUGACCAAUGUCCAGUGGGAAGUGAUGUCAUCCCUGAACUUUACUCCCAGCAGCACUGAUCACAACCAGUCUCUGGUCUGCACAGCAGCAUACAGGGGAGGGAAGACAGUGAAACGUUUGAAAACUCUCAAUGUCAAAUAUGCCCCAGUGGAUGUGAAGGUGGAGGGAGUGUCCAGUGUGAAGGAAGGAGACUCUGUGGAGCUGAGAUGCUCCAGUGACAGUAACCCUGCUGCCCACAGCUACCGCUGGCACAACAGUAGAGGACCUCUGCCCACCACUGGACCUACCAUCACACUGGAGAAUGUGACCAGACUCACUGAAGCCCUCUUCUGCACUGCCAUCAACACAGAGGGACAAGGUCACUCCAACCCACUGAAGCUCAAUGUAGAGUACCCCCCUGAGAUCAAAGUGGGCUCUGCCUGCACUUCAGACGUCUCCAUCGUAACCUGUCUGUGCAUUGUGGAUUAGGAGCCCACCGCCACCGUGGAGUGGUCUCUUCCGGCUGGACCCCUGCCCAUCUUGCCCAGUACCAAGGUGGAGAUGCAAGGGUCAGUUACCAUGGUGAUCCUACAGAGGGCACUAGGCUUCUCCGAGACCAUCCACUGCCAUGCCAGCAACACACAGGCGGGAGUCAUUGUGACCAGCCAGUAACCAGCAAGCAGGACAUUGAUGCAUCAAAGUGUGCUUCCUCAGAUCCCUCAACAUCAAGGUAUUUUUUGGAGACUGAAGAGGAUGGCGACCCAUACGAGUGUGAUGGUGGAGAUGAUGCAUUCUAUGGUAACGUGUGAACACAACAGGAAGCAUGUGGAAGUCAGCUGGCCCAGAGGCAGUGGUACUCAGUCUGUCAAAGGUUCCAGUAAAAUAUUAACAUUUUAACCCAAUGUAGCAGAACAGGUGACUGCUUAUAUUUGUUAGCUUGAUGUAGCUUUAUGGUUCUUAUGGCUAAUGAAUAUGGUACAUUCUUAUUUGGGCUGUGGCUUUGUGUUAUGGCUUUCACAAGGCAUUUGUUUAUCAUCUAUGGCUUGGGUGAUUCAGAAGAGUUUUUACAAGAUGUUUAAUAUGCACAAUAAAUCAACCAGUAUUUAACGAUAGAUUGUUUCCCAAUUCCCCAGCUGUCUGUUGAAAUUGUGUCUUGAGUGUAAUCUGAGGAUAGAUUACGAGUGUGGAACUUUCAGUGUUUCUCCACUUGGGGUUCCCCUUUCAUUUAUUGAGAUUUUCAACGUCUGUUUAUUUCCAUGGGGUUUGAGCUAUUUCACUGAUUUUGUCAGCUUUCUUGACCCUCUCUAUAAGAACAUAUCGGCCACGGGCAUACAAAUCCAAAUACAGACAAUUAUUCAUUGUUAUUAGGUUCUGAUUGUAGCUCUGUAUACAUUAUUACAUCUGGAGAAGAAAAAGAAAGUUUCACAAAACAUGUUUUGGAACAAAUCCUUCAUAUGAUUUGAAAGGCAUAGAAACAUUUAAAUGUAUUCAAUGUAUUUUGUGAGAAAGGCCUCCCCAUACUAAUUCCUGGGAGUGCAGGAAAGUGUCCUUAUCUUCAAACUCCCCCUCCACUAAAACUGUAGAGGUUGACAAGUCAAACGUGUGGUUUCGUUGGUUCAGCCCGAGUAAUCUGCAUAUUUUUCUGGAAGGUCUGUUGGGAGAAUAUGGACCAUUUGUUUAUAGCCACACAGCAUAUUUUUACAGACCACUUCAGAACUGCAAUGAGCUACGAUAACUCUGGAACUUCCCCAAUUACGGUGAUCUUCAGGAAAUCAAAUCAAAUCACAUUUUAUUAGUCACAUGCGCCUAACCAGCAGCGCAGUUUAAAAAAAUACGGAUAAGAA